GAAUAAGGGAAAUCUGCAUCACAAGUACUGGAGAGGAAAAAAUAAACUAAGGGAAGAUAUUAACUUCAAUGGCUGUGAUUCCAGGUUCUGUCUCUUGGCUGUGGAUCCAGGUCUCAAACUUUUGGAAUGGCCUGACAGCAUUGUCCAUGUGUCUCCUGUUUCUUGCCCUUUCCCUGCUGUUUGAUCAUGUGAAGCGGAGGAAGCCACCCAACCGCUUUCCACCAGGACCUACUCCUCUGCCUUUCUUCGGAAAUGUACUAUUAUUUCUCAGAAAAAAACCAGUUGUUUUUUUCAAGUCUCUGCAGAAAAAAUAUGGACCAGUAGUUUCAUUCCAGUUUGGAUGGAUUAAUAUUAUCAUGUUGAGUGGGUUCAAGAUAGUUAAGGAAGCACAUGGACCAAAAGCUGAAAACUUUGUUGACCGAUCACCAUUCCCACUGUUCUCUAUGCUGGGCCGUGGAAAGAAAUGCCAAGGAGUCCUAGUAGCAACAUGCAGCGAUGGUUGGAGGGAGCAGAGGAAAUUCAUUGUGUCCAGUCUCAAAAACUUUGGAGUUGGGAAGAAAUCAAUUGAAAAGAGAAUAUGUGAAGAAGCUCGAUAUUUGUGCUCUGAGUUCAGUUCAAAAGAAGGCUCUCUUUUUGAUCCACAGACCCUUGUCAAUAGGGCAGUUGGUAAUAUUUUCUGUUUAAUAGCUUUGGGUGAUCGUUUUGAUUACAAUGAUGAAAACUUCAUAAAGAUAAUGCAUUUGACAGAAGGCCUCUUGACGGGAGUAGCCAAAAACCUGAUCCAGUUUAUAUUUCUAGGAUCCUGGUUCUCCUAUAUUCCUGGACCUCAUCAUAAAGUUAAGCAAACCUUUGAAGCUUACAGAGCUUUUAUAAUUGAGAUUAUAAAUGAACAUAAGAAAACCAGAGACCCAACCUGUCCAAGAGAUUUGACUGAUGCAUUUUUGGAAGAGAUAGAAAAGGCUAAAGGGAAUCCUGAGAGCAGCUUCAAUGAACCAAACCUGGUUGUUCUUCUGUGUGAGAUGCUUGGGGUUGGCGUUGAAACCACAGCGGCCACCAUGCGCUGGGGACUUCUCUGCAUGAUCCUUCAUCCUGACAUCCAGAAAAAAGUCCAGGAUGAAAUCGAUGCAGUGAUCGGCAGAACAAAAUCACCCACAAUGGAGGACCAGCCAAAUAUGCCUUAUACUACUGCUGUUAUCUAUGAAAUCCAGCGUUGGGCGGAUAUUGCACCAUAUACGAUUCCUUAUGUGGCACAAAAAGAUACUGAAAUUGGCAAGUUCAUCAUACCUAAGGAUACCAUUGUCUUCACUAAUUUGUCUUCUGUGCUGAAGGAUGAAACUGUGUGGGAGAAACCACAUGAAUUUUACCCAGAGAACUUUCUGGAUGCAAAUGGGCAGCUUGUCAAGCGAGAGGCCUUCCUGCCUUUUUCUAUAGGUCGCCAUGCCUGCCCAGGAGAACAAUUGGCAAAAGCUGAGCUCUUCAUCUUCUUCACUAGCAUAUUGCAACAUUUCACCUUGUGCAGCCCCAAAAACUCUCCCAGACCUACAGAUGAAAGAGUAUAUGCCAUAACUGUCAAUCCAGUGCCAUUCCAGAUGUGUGCCAUUCCUAGAUAAUAUCUGAAAUAAGCUGAGAGGUACAUGUUUUGUUGUUUAUUCGUUCAGUCUCUUCCGACUCUUCGUGACCUAUGGAAAAGCCCACGCCAGAGCUCCCUGUCAGUCGUGGCCACCCCCAGCUCCUUCAAGCUCAAGCCACUCACUUCAAGAAUAACAUCCAUCCAUCUUGCCCUUGGUCGGCCCCUCUUCCUUUUUCCUUCCAUUUUCCCCAACAUCAUUAUCUUCUCCGAGCUUUCCUGUCUUCUCAUUAUGUGGUCAAAGUACUUCAUCUUUGCCUCUAAUAUCCUUGAGCAGUUGGGCAUUAUUUCCUGGAGGAUGGACUGGUUGGAUCUUCUUGCAGUCCAAGGCACUCUCAGAAUUUUCCUCCAACACCACAGUUCAAAAGCGUUUAUCUUCCUUUGCUCAGCCUUCCUUAUGGUCCAGCUCUCGCAUACAUAGAUUACUACAGGGAAUGCCAUUACUUUAAUUAUGAGGAUCUUCGUUGCAGUGUGAUGUCUCUACUCUUCACUAUUUUAGCGAGGUUGGUCAUUGCUCUCCUCCCAAGAAGUAAACAUCUUCUCCCUCUAUUUUCCAAUUAUCAAUCAGUCUAAUUGCUAUAAUUCUGUUUUUUUAUGUUUAACUGCAACCCAGCUUUGGCACUUUUUUCUUUCACCUUGGAUAUAAGGCUCCUCAACCCCUCCUUGCUUUCAGCCAUCAAAGUGGUAUCAUCUGCAUAUCUAAGGUUGUUAAUGUUUCCUUCAGCAAUUUUAACUCCAGCCUUGGAGACAUCAAGCCGCGCAUGUUGCCUGAUGUGUUUUGCAUAUCAGUUGAAUAGGUAAGGUGAGAGUAUACAGCCCUGCCGUACUCCUUUCCCAAUCUUCAACCAGUCUGUUGUUCUGUGGUUUGUUCUUACUGUUGCUACUUGGUUGUUAUACAGAUUCCUCAGGAGACAGACAAGGUGACUUGGUAUCCCCAUACCACCAAGAACUUGCCACAAUUUAUUAUGAUCCAUACAGUCAAAAGCUUUAGAAUAGUAAAUAAAACAGAAAUAUAUGUAUUUCUGAAACUCCCUGGUUUCCUCCAUUAUCCAGCAGAUAUUGGCAAUUUGGUCUCUCAUUCCUCUGCAUUUUCUAAACCUAGACUGUACAUCUGGCAACUCUUGCUCCAUGUAUUGCUGGAAUCUGCCGUGUAGGAUCUUGAGCAUGAUCUUACUGGCAUGUGAAAUAACUGCCACUGCACAAAAGUUUGAGCAUUCUUCAGUGUUUCCCAACACCUUUUUUGAUAUAGGGAUAUAAGUUGAAUUUCUCCAAUCUGAUGGCCAUUCUUGUGUUUUCCAUAUUUGCUGGCAUAUGGCAUGCAUCACCUUGACAACAUCCUCUUUCAAGAUUUUAAACAUGGCCUUCCCAUCUUGAGUGUCCCUUCAUGGUUUCGCUUGUGGCAUUAUUGAGGUGCUCAAGUUCUAGCACCGCAACAAAGCAACAAUCCUCUGCUAGAGGAAGUACAAGUACAGGAAACAAAAUGGUGAAAAUGUUUUGAAUUUUCUUUGGAUUUUCUUGCUCUGAAUAAAAAUAUAUUGAGGGAAACAAUAUCCUGACAUCCACUAUCAAAUUUUUAAAAGGCUUCACUUAUUUUCUCCUUCAACUGGAAAAAUCAGGGCCAUCAUUCAAAGAAAGGAUGUUGGCAGUUCUCGACCCUCCACCUAUUUUGUCCAACUUGUCUCUAGUGAAAGGAGAGCUGCCUUCAAUUUCAUUACUCUGUCCCCACUCCAGCAUGGUUUCCAUUCUUUUCCAACACUCACCAAGCUGCUGUUUUUCUUUCUCACUGGAUAAGAAUUAGAGCAAAACAAAGCCUAUGGAGCCCCUGCACCUUAUUUUGAAAGGAAUUUGCUAAUUUGGGUUAAAUUUCCUUCCUUCCAGUUCCUCAGUUUGUAUAAUAUGCAAAUGGUACACAUGAUGAUGAUGAUGAUGAUGAUGAUGAUGAUGAUGAUGAUGAUGAUGAUGAUGAUGAUUUAGUAUUCUGGGGAAUUCCAUAUUUACGCUGCAUGGAAAAUAGCAUUCAUUAUCCAACUUCAUAUUGAAACAAAGAUGGAUAUUGUCCUCAUUUGUCAUAUCACCUAGGUCAGGAGGAGUGAGUGAUGCCAAAGUGUAACAAAAGAAAUGUAGCAACAGAAGGAACAUGACAUAGCUGUGAGAGAAGCCUUACACUCCUCUAAUUGAACAGGAGAGUUGAUUUUAAUCAGCACAGAGCUUACUGUGAGCAUUGUUUCAGGAUGUUGCCAUAGAAUGUAUUUAAGAAAUCUUCUUGAACUUCUUUAAUCCAUUUUACAGUUUACAGUAAUAUGUAUGCUGGCCAGAUUAUUUUAAAUAGAUUUGUAGCCACCUUUUAAAGCUUACCCAGAUAAAAGAUAAUGUGAUAAUUCUUUUAUGCUUCUUUCAAUAAAACACUGAUAGAGUUACCAUAUUUCUUCUAUUCCAAGAUGCCAUAGACUGUACAAAACACCCUGAUUUCAUAACACUUGCACAUGCAGUGCUAAUACACACACCAUUUUUACAGAUGUUUAUAUGGGGAAGUGGGGAAUGUGUCAGAGUUAAAGAAACAGUAAAAUGUAGAUAGGAUAAUUUGUUACCUUACAAGGCUUUUGGAAGAAGUGACAGCGAUUGUUUCUUAACAAUUAAACAUCUGGAAGAAGGUGUUUAUAUCUUGUGACGUCAAGGGUUUCUGUGUAAGCUCUCUCUUUUUCUCUGAGGGUCAAAUCAACCAUAAUGGCUAUUGUGAUCCCUGCAUUUGUCCUUGUUUAUUUUUAAUUUAAUUACAAGUGAGGAGAAUUGGGAAGAGUAAUAAAAUGUGAAGAUGUGGAAAGUGUAUGAUCCCUUCUCUCCCCUGGAUCUGGGCCUUCAAGUUGCCUAUCAAGUUAUGAAGACAGUCUUAAUGAGAGUCAUGUCUAUGCAGAAACAGCUUUUAUGGAUGCAAUAAAAAUAUUCUUCACCCAA